AUGGCUAGGCUUGAGACUGAACCAGUUCUAGACUCAAUUGAUAUCGAGAGAAGACCAACCUUUGGAUCUGCCAACACUGUUACACCAAACACCAAUACUCAAGAUGCACCAGGUGUUACAGCCGAUCAUUCGGAUCCACCCAGUCAAGAGAGUCGAUCAUCCAAGUACUUCGGAAAAGAGGGCAGUCUUCGUCCCUUUCGGCUGCUAAAGGAGGAUGUCAUCAACCUCAAAGGCCGGUACCUAUCAGACUGGCAAGUCUUUAACCAGCAGGUAGUUGCGAGUGCCGUCUACAUCUUCUUCACCAACCUUUUACCCGGCAUCACCUUUGCAAGUGACUUGUAUACCUUGACUGGAAAGUCGUGGGGCACUAUCGAGGUUGUCUUCAGCACUGGUCUUUGCGGUCUUAUAUUCUCUCUUUUCUCAGGUCAACCUCUCACGAUUCUUGGUGUGACGGGUCCUUUUUCAGUCCUGGCCGAGAACGUUUACGAACUAUGCGACAAGCACUUCCAUGUCGAAUUUCUGCCUGUUAUGGCGUGGACUCUCAUCCAUGCUGGCUGGAUGCACUAUCUCCUUGCCAUCUUCAAUGCCCAUGACUGGACAAUGCAAUAUGUCACUCAUUUCAGCGCCGACAUCUUUUCUCUGCUCAACAGUGUCAUCUACUUCCACAAGGCCGCCAUGGAACUGAAGCGUACUCAUGCCCGAGUCUCACUCGCUGCCUUCCUCUAUGCCGUCCUAGGCGCCAUAGGGACUUGUCUUCUAGCCAUUUUGUUGUCUACUGCAAACUCAUGGAAGCCCGUGUUCCAUCGUUACGUUCGGCUUGGUCUUACAGAGUAUGCGGCUGCCAUUUCCAUCAUCUUCUGGAUUGGGAUCCCAUACAUUGGAGAACUAGCCUCGCUGGACCAUAUUAGACUCGAGGUGCAGACUAGCUUUCGGCCUACAAACCCUGACAGAACUACCUUUUUUGUUCGGUUCUGGGAGGCGCCUAUCGAAUGGGUGUUCCUGUCCAUCAUUCCAGGCGCCAUCGUUACAGUCUUGUUCUACUUCGAUCAUGAAAUCAGUAGCAUUAUCUGCACUGUAGAGCGAUACGGGACCAAGAAGCCAGGCGGCUAUGCUUGGGAUGUGGCUCUUCUGGGAACAACUACGAUAAUAUGUGGUAUUCUCGGCAUCCCCCCGGCCAAUGGUCUCCUCCCCCAAGCGCCGCUUCACUCAGAAUCGCUGAUGCACUAUGUCCUGGAGAGUCCUCCUGCGGAAGAGGGUGAGCAACCAGAGGCGCCCCGUCAUGUCGCAAGGACCUAUGAGCAGAGAUACUCGCACUUCAUUCAGGCUACUCUAAUUCUCGUUUUUGUGUCACCUCCCCUGCAGAAGCUGCUGGGCCUCACGCAGACCUCCGUGCUUGCCGGGCUCUUUCUUUUCAUGGGCUACCAGUCCUUGUCCGUCAACCCUAUCCUGGAACGGAUCGUCAAUCUCCUCACUGCACCAUCUGAUCUUCCUGAACUUCCCACUGGUGUUAGCUGGCUCGGAAUUCACAUGUACACCAUCACUCAAAUCAUCAUGACCAGUGUCGUCUUCGGUGUGACCCUGACGGUUGCAGCUCCUGCAUUUCCAUUGAUUAUCAUUGCCUUGGUCCCUAUCCGAUUAUCGGUCAUGAACCGGAUUUGGAGUCGUGAGACAUUACGAAGAGUAGAUGGGUGGGCAUGCCGGGAGGGGAAACCAGAGGAUGAUCCGAUUCCAGUACAGACAAUUGGACACGAAGAGAAGUCCGAUGUCUGA